AUGGACAACGGCUUCAAGUACGAGGAGCAGGCCCCUGUGUGCACGGAGGACAGCUACCCAUACCUGGCCAAGAACGGCAUUUGCAAGGCAUCCGGCUGCACUGUGGGCAUCCCUGCGCACGGCGUCACCGGCUACAAGGACGUCAAGGUUGAUGACGAGCAAUCGCUGAUGGAUGCGGUCUCCAAGCAGCCGGUGUCCGUGGCCAUCGAGGCUGACCAGAUGGCCUUCCAGCUGUACAAGGGCGGUGUCCUGAGCAAGACCUGCGGCACCAAGCUGGACCACGGCGUCCUGGUCGUAGGCUACGGCACGGAGGCUGGCACGGACUACUGGCUG